CGGAGUUUAUGGUAACACCAGCCAACAUUUUAUGAGUGUUCUUCCGUCGUGUGCCGGUUUCUAUUUUUUCGAUUCCCAGUUAUUUUAGCUUCAGUUUUAUUUAAUAACAGUGUCACAAUGCAUACGGAAACGACGUUAACACUCAUACAAAUACUAGAGAAGACUGUAUCUCCAGACAGAAAUGAAUUGGAAGCAGCUGAGACAUACCUGGACCAUGCAGCCGCCACUAACUUUACAACAUUUAUCAAAAUGUUGUCCGACAUCCUGGUUCAGGGUGGCAACAGCCAGGUGGCGAGGAUGGCAGCAGGAUUACAACUGAAAAACCACUUGACAUCAAAGGAUCCUUUACUAAAACAACAAUACCAACAAAGAUGGCUGGCAUUGCCUGAAGACAUUAGACUUUAUAUUAAAAAAAAUAUUUUAACAGCCAUAGGAACAGAAAGCAACAGGCCGAGUUCUGCUGCUCAAUGUGUGGCCUAUGUGGCUGUGGCUGAGCUUCCAGUCAACCAGUGGAAUGAUCUUAUUCCCAUCCUUGUUGAAAAUGUCAUCAAUGCCCAGUCCACAGAAUUAAAAAAAGAAGCCACAUUGGAAGCAAUUGGUUACAUUUGUCAAGACAUUGAUGCAGAAGUUUUAACAGAGAGAAGUAAUCAAAUUUUAACUGCCAUUAUCCAUGGCAUGAGGUCCACAGAGCCCAGUAAUCAUGUCCGUCUUGCCGCAACACAGGCUUUACUCAAUUCCCUUGAAUUCACAAAAGCAAAUUUUGACAAAGAGAAUGAGCGGAAUUUCAUAAUGGAAGUGGUUUGUGAAGCAACACAGUCCAGUGAUAUGAGAAUUAGUGUUGCUGCUCUACAGUGUUUAGUAAAAAUUCUUUCCCUCUACUAUCAAUACAUGGAGCCAUACAUGGGACAGGCACUGUUCCCCAUCACUUUAGAAGCAAUGAAAUCUGAUGUAGAUGAGAUAUCACUACAAGGUAUAGAAUUUUGGUCAAAUGUUAGCGAUGAAGAGAUAGACCUUGCCAUUGAAGAAGCAGAAGCAGCUGAAGCAGGUCGUCCCCCUGUGAGAACCUCUAGAUUCUACGCGAGAGGAGCAUUGCAAUACCUGGCUCCAGUCCUCAUGCAGAAGUUAACAAAACAAGAUGACACCGAUGAUGAAUUGGAAUGGAAUCCGUCAAAAGCUGCAUCUGUUUGCCUUAUGCUUUUAUCAAAUUGUUGCGAAGACGACAUUGUACCUCAUGUUUUACCUUUUAUUAAUACAAACAUUAAAAAUGAAAACUGGCGUUACAGAGAGGCUGCUCUUAUGGCUUUUGGUUCCAUACUUGGUGGCCUAGAAGCUGCAACAUUGAAGCCUUUGGUUGAGAAGGCCAUGCCUACAUUAAUUGAAGCCAUGUAUGAUUCUAGCGUAGCUGUAAGAGAUACAGCCGCGUGGACAUUCGGUAGAAUAUGUGAAAUUGUACCAGAAGCUGCUAUUAAUGAAACUUACUUGAAACCACUGCUGGAGAGUCUUGUUAAUGGUUUGAAAGCUGAACCUCGUGUUGCUGCUAAUGUUUGCUGGGCGUUUACCGGCCUGGCGGAAGCUGCAUAUGAAGCGGCAGAAUGUGGUGAUUCCAACCAACCUGAAACAUAUUGUAUGUCAAACUACUUUGACUUUAUUAUUCAACGCCUCCUUGAAACCACAGACCGCCAAGAUGCGGCACAACACAACUUAAGAUCGGCUGCUUACGAAGCACUGAUGGAAAUGGUCAAAAAUUCACCUACUGAUUGUUAUGUUACCGUCCAAAAAACUACAAUGGUAAUUUUGGAAAGAUUGCAACAAGUUUUACAAAUGGAAAAUCACAUUGCCAGUCAAGCGGAUCGUUCGCAAUUUAACGAUCUGCAGAGUCUCCUCUGUGCUACUUUGCAAUCGGUACUGCGAAAGGUGACUCCGGAAGAUGCUCCUCAAAUAUCAGAUACUAUAAUGACUGCCCUGUUGACAAUGUUCGCCAGUAAUGCAGGAAAAGCAGGUAGUGUCCAAGAGGAUGCUCUGAUGGCGGUGUCCACACUGGCCGAGGUUUUGGGAGAGGAGUUUUUGAAAUACAUGGAUGCUUUCAAAAGGUAUCUUUACAUGGGGCUUAAAAACCACCAAGAGUACCAGGUUUGCAUAGCUGCUGUAGGUCUAACUGGUGAUAUUUGCCGUGCUCUAAAGAGUAAGGUUGUUCCAUAUUGUGAUGAAAUAAUUGUUUUACUAUUAGAAAACCUUGGUGAUCCAUCUAUCCACCGCUCUGUAAAACCCCAGAUCUUAUCAGUGUUUGGAGAUAUCGCCCUCAGCAUUGGCAACGAAUUUGCUAAAUAUUUUGAUGUUGUAAUGCAGAUGUUGCUACAGGCUAGCAACGCCCAAGUCGACCGUAAUGAUUAUGAUAUGGUGGAAUAUUUGGGUGAACUUCGUGAGAGUGUACUCGAAGCGUACACUGGCAUUAUCCAGGGACUCAAGGGGCCCGACGCUCAGGUGCGGUCGGAUAUCAGUUUGGUAGAGCCACACGUGCCGGCGAUCGUUAACUUCAUGAUCCAAGUGGCGAGCGAGCCGGAGCGCACGGACGGACAUAUGUCGGUGAUCGCAGGGCUUAUGGGUGACCUCGCCACGUCGUUCGGCAACUACGUGCUGCCGCUGCUGGAGACGCGGCCGCUGCUCGACAUGCUGCAGGCCGCGCGUCGCUCGCGAGUGCCGCGCACCAAGACGCUCGCCAACUGGGCCACCAAGGAGAUGCGCAGGGUCAAGCACGUCGCCCCGCUCACUAGCUGAUUUGGAAGUUCAUGCUGCUACAGUGAAUUAACGCAGUUUCAAACGACUUACUGCUGGUAAAUUAAAUUGCUGUAAUGGCAGGCAUAUUAUGACUAUUAUUAUGUCGAAGGGUGCAUUUGUUUGCGGUUCUUGUUGAGCCUUUAUUUUUUUUAAGGAGUCGAAUUUUCAAUCCUCAUGUAAACCUUAUUUAAGAAACAAAUUAGUUUUAUUUCAUCUAUGAAUAAAUUUCAUUUGGUGUAUAUCUUGAAUUCUCAAGGUAUAUUUGUAUAUGUCUCUUUGAUGACUGGAUAACCACAUGUGUGCAAAAGUAGUUUCAAUUUACUUAAUGCCAGUUUAAUUUCGAACAAGUGUUUAACUCAAAUGUUUCUACAUUUUAUGUUUAUUACCAAAUAAAUAUUUAUGAUUAAUAAUAUUCGCGAUUUUGAAUAAAGCAAUGCUUUAUAAUGGUGGAAAAGUUUCCAGAAACGAAUUUAUAAAUCCAUGUGAAAGAAAAAUUAUAAUCAUAUUGAUGCGCAAUUAAUUUUGUUUGUGGGUUACAAUGCAAUUUCACUAUCUAUUGCCUUUAUAAACAGUCUAUAACAUUUGUUCAAAAAGAAUUUGAGACGUAUAACUUUUUCAACACACUGUACAAACCACAAGCUAUAAUGUCUAACCUAGAGAGCAUGACAUUUUCGACUUACAGGAAAUAGCAAAAUCCUUCCUGCUAGUGCACUUUUUAAUUUUAGCAACACAUUACGUUUCACCUCUGUGAAGAGAACAUUACCAAAGAUGAUAAACAUGAUAUAGAUUACAAUUAUAAAAAAUAACCGACAUUGAAUAUAUAAAUGGCCAAAUGAAAUUUAUUCAAAAGGUAUUUAAUUGCAAAUUUUAUGCAAGGAUUGAAGAGUUGGUCCUAGAUAUUAUUUAUUUUAUUCUUCCAUUCUUUUAAAGUUUCCCUUUUCAACAGUAAUAUAAAACAACAUUAAUCGUUUUUUUUAUUCUUAUAAAAUUACUUCAUAAUAUCGUAUAAAUUGUAUACAAUUUUUAACAUGAUGGUGGUAUUAUUAUGGGUUUUAUUCCAUUUUACUUGCAAGGGUAAAAGUCGCAGUAAAAAUUCUUAUUGUACCGCAAGCAAUAUUACAUAAAAGUUUUAUUAUCUGUUGUGAGGGAGGGAUGUAUUUUUAUGUUUUUUUACCAUUUUCAUAAAUUUCAUUGCGAUAAUUAGCUGCAAACAGUGCACAAUGGACCGAUACUCUCCACAGUGUCUACAUUUAUGCCUGAUCAUAAAUUUUUCCAUAUUAUCUUUAAACUUGAAGCAUUUUUCCUAUUUGGUAUUAUAAAUACAGACAGUGGCUGUGGUAUCUUUACUUAUGUGAAAUAAAGUGGUAAUAUUAUGCAAGUGGAUUGUAUGAAAGUGGAUGAAUGUUAUUAUAGGCAUGCACAUAUGCAAGGGAUUGUGAAUUUUAUAAGUUAUUAUUACGUUUUGUAUGAAGUAUGGAAGACUGAUUGAAUGAUAAAGUAUGUACGUGAUUAUGCGUGCGCGAUUAUUGUCAUAUAUUUUAUAAACUUAGGAAUGUGUCAGUCUUAAAGAAAUUUGGUAUAUAAAAGUAUGUUUAAGAUUCUGUCAGCGUGAAGAGACUGAAGGUCGCCAUAUUGGUGAUGAUAGCUUUUCAUUCAUCAUUAUAACUGUCAUUGAUAAAAUGCUUUGAAAGAAACAAUAGCACUUUUAAUUCAAUUAAUUAGAUACCUUUUUUAAGUACCUAUAUAAUUAUAAAUUAAAUUGAAGUAUCAGUAGCGAUUUGAAAUAAGGUAUCCGAAAUUGAUGUGGUAAUUCAUUACCAAAACCUUAUGAUUUUUUUAUUAAAACGAUAAAUACUCUGACCAUUUUGAGAUCACUUGUUUGAAAAUAAUUGUAAAAAUACAACUAAACAUAUCAGAACUUCCUUUAAACUAUCUUUCGUUAUUUUAGAAUAUUUUUUUGAUUUCGUAACGGCAAUAUGACAAUGGUAAUGUUAUGUAUUACGUCACCAUUAGGAAUUCAUUGAAAUUGGUUUAGUUUUUCGUAAAAUUUUAUUAGUUUGUUAUUUCUAUAGUGCCUAUGAAUAUAGAUAUUUUGAUUAAUGCCAGAAUGUUUGUAUAUGUAUUUUAUUUUUAAUAUUAUAACAUUGAAGUGGUACUAAUAAAAAAAAACUGUCUUUAAAUAUAAAGAAUAAUAUACCUUUUUAUAAUGUAAAAAAUAUGGACUUUUUACUAAAACGCACUGACGUUAAUAUGUUUGUUGACAACAUAGAACAAGGUUUAUUAGGCACAUAUUUAAAUACAUAAUAUUAGCUCUCUAACCAAUUUAAAAUUAUCACAUUUGUUGUAUGAUGAGUGAAAGGCAUUUGUGCCUUCUUGUCUCUAACACAAAGUUGUACAUAUGUAAUUAAAAGUUCUUUAAGUUUUAACAUAUAUGAAACUGCAGUUUGUUAUCAAUCAUUGGAAUUUAAAAUUUGAAUGUACUCUCCAUGUGGGGAUACUUAGGCACUUAUUGGAAAAACAUUGGUAAUAAUAAAUAUUUAACUUCAGACGAAUCUCAAAUUCCCUUUAAAAAAAAAUAUUGUCUCCAUAGGCGAAUAAUUUAAUAUAUUUUAAUGGUAACAACCAGAGAAUACACUGGGUUGAGCCGCGAUUGCCCUUUAAUUAUCUUUUUUAACGCCAAAUGCCUGCUGUCUAGCAAUCCCCCUUAAACAUAUCAUGGAUGUGGCGUGGACACAUUAAAUGUGAGAUUUGGCAUAUUUUGUAACGGCACCUGGAACGACUUCUCCAUUUGCUUUAAAAAAACUGGUCUUUAUUAAUUUAUCUACGCUUAUAACACUCAUUAGAGAUCAUAUUAUUUUUACGGGAAUACAACAUCCAAUUAAUUGAAAUACUUACACGAAACUUUACAUAGCAUCCCCUUCCUGCGGGUAGAGCACGUUAAAAUGUGCUUUAAUGUAAAAAUGUUCAUUAGAAACGAAAUCAUACUUUAAUUUGCUGCUGACUAUAGCGUUUAAAGAAAUAAAUAAAUGCCAAAAAGACGACACUGAGUAUUUAACUUGAAUAAUACAUUAAACAAACAGAAAAUGCGUUGCAAUAUGUAACCUACUUUUAUUUCGAAAUAGGUCAUAUUAUUGUCAAUAAGUGCCUUUACCAUGUUUUUUAUUUUUUUACGUUGUUAUUCAAUGCGUGCAUUUGAGUUUACAGUUAUUCGUAAUAAACAUAAUAUUAAAUUUCACCACAUACAGAAUUGAUUCGAGUAUGAAGAAUCAAGAAGGCAAUUACGUGUAUUUGUAAAAAUUUAACUCGAUUUUUCCUUGAGUGUCUGCUAGUCUGUGAGCAUCACUGACAGGGAUGAUGUUUGCGCGAUAUAUGCAAGAUUUAUAAUGAAAAUUGUGGCUAUUUUCCUUUUCCAUUUAAAUUGUUUUAUUUAUAAACGUAAUAUUUGGAAGAGACAAUAUUUGGAUACGAGGUCUUAUCAAAACUCCAAAUGUUUGUUAGGUAUGUAUACUUAUAUAAGUAUGAUAGGAGAAUAUGUGAGGACUAGUGCCAUGCCAUGAAAGGUUCUGAAUUAGAAUCAUAGGCAUCGAGUCGAUGAAUACCACCCACUUUUCCUGCUCAAAUCAAAAAUCAAUUACGUUUUGUUAUGUUACGCCGUAUUUACAUUGAUUUUGUUUUGAUCUGUAACCAUCUCUAAACUGUUCUAUGAUAAUAAAAACAUUUAGAAGUUAA